AGAUGAAGGAAAAAUCGAAAACUGCAGCAAGGACUAGACGAGAAAAGGAGAACAGUGAAUUUUAUGAACUGGCUAAAAUGUUGCCUUUACCGUCCGCCAUCACCUCCCAGCUGGACAAAGCGUCGAUCAUAAGACUGACCACAAGUUACCUGAAGAUGAGGAUUGUUUUUCCUCAGGGUCUGGGUGAAGCGUGGGGUCACACAAGCCGAAGAUCCUUGGAAAAUGUUGGACGAGAGCUGGGAUCUCAUUUACUGCAGACGUUGGACGGCUUCAUUUUCGUUGUGGCUCCGGAUGGAAAAAUAAUGUACAUCUCAGAGACAGCGUCAGUCCACUUAGGACUGUCUCAGGUAGAGUUGACUGGGAACAGUAUUUAUGAAUAUGUCCAUCCUGCCGAUCACGACGAGAUGACCGCCGUGCUGACGCCACAUCAGCCCUAUCACUCACACUUCGUCCAAGAAUAUGAAAUGGAGCGCUCUUUCUUUUUGCGGAUGAAAUGUGUGCUGGCAAAAAGAAACGCAGGCCUGACUAGUGGUGGAUACAAGGUGAUCCACUGCAGCGGCUACCUGAAGAUCCGUCAGUACAGUUUGGACAUGUCCCCCUUCGAGGGCUGCUAUCAGAACGUGGGUUUGGUGGCCGUGGGUCAUUCACUACCGCCCAGCGCUGUGACGGAGAUCAAACUGCACAGCAACAUGUUCAUGUUCAGAGCCAGUUUAGACAUGAAGCUCAUCUUCCUCGACUCCAGGGUGGCCGAGCUGACAGGUUACGAGCCCCAGGACCUGAUAGAGAAAACCUUGUACCAUCACGUCCACAGCUGUGACACCUUCCAUCUCCGCUGUGCACACCACCUCUUGCUGGUGAAAGGCCAAGUCACCACUAAGUAUUAUCGUUUCCUGGCCAAGCACGGCGGCUGGGUCUGGGUCCAGAGUUACGCCACCAUUGUGCACAACAGCCGGUCAUCGAGACCUCACUGCAUAGUCAGCGUCAACUAUGUCCUAACGGAUACUGAGUACAAGGGAAUGCAGCUGUCAUUGGACCAAAUGAGCCCAACCAAGCCUGCCUUCCCUUACGCCGACAAUCACAGUGAAGACAGGAAGAGUACCAAGUCACGUCUGACCCCAGCGAAGGCCAAAGCCAGAGUAUCACCCUACCCCCAGUUUUCAGCUUUCAACCCAGAGCGUUCAGAGUCGGACCAAGACAGCCAGUGGGGAGGGAGCCCGCUGACUGACUCUGCGUCUCCUCAGCUGUUGGACCCCACUGAGGCUGCGGAGGCAUCCUGUGCCUACCGACUGUAUCCCGAAGCGGGAUCCUUGUGUUACGGCCUGGGUCUAUCAGAAGAUGAUCUUGCCCAUGCGACAACCCAUCCUCACACCACCACAUGUGACCGGGUGCGAUGCCAGAGUGGCCGCUACUUCUUAGGAACGCCACAGUCGGGAAGGGAAAUGUGGUGGGACGCCACGCGCUCUGUUCUCUCACUGCCGAAGUCGUCUGCAGAGAACAGUGAGGGCUAUGAAAUCACAUCCUACCAUGGAGCCAUUCACGGUCGGGGUCACUGGGAUGAAGACAGUGUAGUGAGUUCACCUGAUGGAGGUGGGUCCACCAGUGAUUCCGGUGAGCGCUACCAUGGUGACCACUUCCGGGCAACCCCUAGAGAACCAAGCAAGAUGGAGACCCUAAUCCGAGCCACGCAGCAGAUGAUCAAAGAGGAAGAGACUCGUUUGCAGCAACACAAGGCGCCACUGGACGUCUCUGGACUGGCCAAAGCUCACAGCCCAUGUUUUACCUCCACGCUACCCCACCACUCCCAGCUCACCAUGCCCAGUGUGGUGUGCCGUGGUCCCGGAGCCCCCAGCAUGGACCUCUCUUGUGAACGCCUCCAUCACCGGGAUGGAGUCAAAGUUUCUUGUCCACAUGACAAUGACGACAACACGACCAGUCCGGCGUCCAUUUCACGUCUCAGCAGCCCCAGCUCGGAUGGGAUCCCUAGAUCAGGCCUUUCCCUCGCCAAAGACUACAUGCAGACUGAUCUUUCACCUCACUCUCAACAGCCCCAAGGAAGCCCGCUGCUCUACACAGCCCAAGAUCGACAGCCGCUGGAUAGGCAAGCGGCUUACGCUUUAACCGGGUACUCUCUGGAGCACCUGUACGCAGAGAACCUGAGGAGUUACUCCAGCCUGGCCUGUGGGGGAGUCCAGUACGAUAUGGCAUCCCAUGUAAGGAUGCAAGCGGAGCAGAUGCAGGGACAUAAGGCCACCUCUGUUAUAAUAACCAAUGGGAGCUGACGAUAUCUGGUGCACAUAGGUUCUGUUCUCUAGAAGAGGAUGGUGGACGAUGGUGGAGGCUUUAUGCACAAGUAAACACGGACCAGCUGCUUGAUGCAAACGACGGGACAAGAAAGACCAAACGAGUAAUUGUGCUUGAUUGGUUUGUCCUUGGUGGCGCAUUGAGCACAUCUUGUUUUUGUCGGCCUUUGUAUCACACCACUCUUCUACUCAUCGUCAGAGGAACUAGUGUUAAAGAAAGUGACACUGGGUAUGCCACUUCACAGGGAGGAAGUUUGCUCCCUUUCAUAGGAGUACAGUGCUAUUUUAAUGGAGAUUGACUGAAUUUACCUCCCUGCAAAAGGCAACUCAAGUUCUGAAUCUAGUUAAACAUCAAGCCAGUGUUUCUGUUCCAAAACACCUCAUGCAUCAUUGGCCAUGUAAGUUAAUCUGUCCGGGACACGGUUUCCAAAGGUAGUAAA